UUUAUGUAGGUUAAUAAAUAUCAUGUUGAUUUGUUUUGAUAAAAUUACAGAUGGGCCAUGUCAAAAAUUAAAAAAUUCCCUGACAAUGAUGAAUUGGAUCGUUCAUUUAAAUUAACACUUGGUCUUACUGAGGCAUAUUUAAAAAAAUCAAAAAACAUUGAACUAGUUGAAAUAAUAUUAAAAUGGCUUGAUAGAUUGUCACAUUUAAAACAUCAUCGAUAUUUAAGAAAUCAAUAUUUAAAUGAAUUAUUUAGACAAUUAAAAAGUGGUAGUAUCAGUGAUAUUUUUUUAAAACCACCACCAAGAACUGAUCUUCCUUUAUUGACAUAUCAAAAUAAUACAAUUAAAAAAAAUUUAUCUGACAAUUUAAUUUGUCGAAAAUGUGGAAAAACACCUGGUAUAGAUAAAGAAAUUGAAUCAUUUUUUAAGAAAAAAUUAUCAUCAUGUAGUCAUGAAUCUGAAUCAUCAAUAACAAAUAAUGAAAUUUCAUCUGGCAGGACUCUUCAAUUGUAUGAAAAAAAUAUAUCAUAUGAACAAUCUGAUUUAGAAUCAAAUAUACAAGAAUAUCAUUGUAAUCAUCAUCAAAAAUUUUUGAAAGAUAUCAAAAUACAAACUGAUUAUUUGGAUAAAAAAGUUUUUAAAUUUCAACAUGUUCAUGAUAGCGAUGAAUUGAAUCAACUGAAAAUGAUUUUAAAACAUAAAUGUGAUGAAAUUGAUGAGCUUAAAUCUAGACUAGUUGAGGUACAAAAAAUUCAUGAAAAUUCAGAAAAAUCACACAGAGAUAUAUUUCAACAGUGUAAAAAUACAAUGAAUGAAGAAUUUAAUAAAUUUAAAAAUAAUUUACAAGAGGAACAAUUUAAAAAUACUCAAUUGAAUAAAAAAUUAAUGGAAAUAUCACAAGAAUUAAAAAUAACAACUCGUCAUAAAGUUAGAUUAAUUAUUUAA